AUGAAUUUGAUGCCCUUUGUGUUUUCGUGUUUUCUGACUUUACAUUCUAUCCAAGGACAUUACUGGACCGGUUGGUAUGACCGAGACAAUCCCUCAGGUUAUGGGGAUCAUGAACAUAUUACAGAGCAAAAGAAACUAGGUUACAUCUGUGGUGGAUGUAAACCCAUCGGAGCAGAGUGUCGCGCAAAGGGGUCAACCAGAACGUUCACGCGAUGGUCCGGAACAGCUCCAGAUAGACUGGAGGUCCACUGUUUACCAACACAAGGUUUGGUGUGUCGCAACUCCCAGCAAGCCGACGGAUACUGCGCAGACUAUGAGAUACGAUACUUGUGCCCAAGUACAAGUGGUACGUGGACAAACUACCUAGAUAGGGAUAACCCAAGCGGUACCGGUGACUGGGAGAACGUUAAGGCUUUCAGGGUUGAUGACGGUGUCAAUCUAUGCAAUGGUGGUCGCCCAAUGUGUGCCCGGUGUCGCGAUAGAGACACCCGCUACCAUUACUAUGCAACUGGAGACACGUACAAUACCGACCACGACUGUAGCUGGGAGAAUGGCUUGGUCUGUACCAGAGACGUCAACGGGAAAUACUGCAAGGACUACGAAGUGAAGUUUAAAUGCCCAGACGUAGGCACGUGUCCUGCAUGCGCAAAGUGGACUCCCUGGAUGGACAGAGACAACCCCAGCGGUAACGGAGAUGCUGAGCACGUGGGGCCAACAGGCUUUAAUCCGUGCUCCGGCCAUGAACCAAUUGAUAUCCAGUGCCGCGUGAGGGGAACCAAUCAGCCGUGGGAUCAGACGGGUCAGGUGAUCAAAGUGAAGUGCACGCCCUCUGAAGGGUUCGUCUGCGAGAACCGCGACCAGCCGAGUGGACAAUAUUGUAAAGAUUACGAAGUCCGUUUUCUGUGUCCGUAACUUGUCUCACUCAUAUGUUUUCACUGAGCAUCUUGAAGACGGGGGAAA